GCAACGCUGGACUGUACGCCGCUCCACGACGCCUGUUGCUGCGCCAUGUCUGCCACCAAAGACACGUUCGAUCUACGCGCAGAGGAAGACGCAGCUCGCCGCCUCAAUGUCGGCCGUGUCCUUCCCUCCGCCGCCCUCUCCGGCACCAACUCUCGCGCAAAACACACAGAGCUCAUCGGCAAACCCUUUCUUAGGCAAAAAGUUGAGGCUGCCUCAAAGAGCCAUGGAAUCAAGUUUGACGAAGAGGCCACUCUCUACCUCACAGGUGCCAUCGAAUCCUCUCUCCGCUCUCUGGUCAACCUUACUCGUGCCGCCCAGCUUCACCGUACAUCGUCUUCACAUUUACACGCACCUCCCAUGGCCAAGAGUUCAUCCACAUCAUCCGACGAGAAAGAUGGCAAGCCCAUGUGGUCACUGACACUCCGCGACGAUCCCAACGCUGUCAUCGAGGCGCUCAAUCGCCGGAACCGUGAUGCGGAACAGGAAUUCCGAAAGAUGAGAAUGGACCGUCUCGCACGGGAUGCGGAACUUCAGAAAGCCAGAGAGCGUCAAGCCUCUCAGUCACAAACCGUUGAAGCAGCAGCGUCCCCAUUUCCUGCAACCGCUGCCGUCUCCCCCGCCGAAUCUUCGUCCUCCCCGUCGACACCCUCCAAACCUCUUUUUGGAGCUACCAAAGAGACACCCAAAGGCACCCCUCCAGCAUCUUCAUCAUCGAAAAAGAAGUCUAGCACCAAGAAACCUUCAUCUCGAGACGUGUCUGCUGAAGUACAACACAAGAUGACCAAUUUGACUGCUAUGCGUAGUGCUGGUAUGGGCAAAAAGUAUGGAUGGAUGAUGGGCAAUGCUCCUGCAGUCAGCUCUCCGUUGGCAGGGAAGAAGCGGAAGGCCGAAGGAGCAGAGGGUAAAGAAAAGGAUGGUGAGAAGGGCAAGGCAAGCGAAAGCCCAUUAGGACAGGACAGGCCAAGCAAGAAAGCCCGCCCGAUUCCUGUGCCAACUCGGCGGAUGGUAGCUGUGUCUUCCCCUCCCCCACCUCCUCCCGCGCCCAGUGCUGCUGCCAACAACCCAAAUAAUACAACGACGGACAAGGCUGAACCUCUGAAAGUCUCUGACGAUAAAGCUCUGACAAUGGUAGACCUUGUCUUUGCCCUUGAGCACGGUGGAUUGGGACAGGCUGGUGGAUUAGGGAUGGGAAGUGUAUCAGGAGAUAUUUUGCAAGGUAUAUGGGCCAAGGGCGGACCUUGGUCGGAGAGUGAAGGAAAGAAGCCAUAAUUAUUAUCCUUGUACCAAGCAAGACGCAGUUGUAUACAUUAUGCAUGAACAGACAAGUCU